AAAAACAAUUCGUAAGCAGUAUUUGCAAACACCAGUAGUUGUCUUAAUUAUUUUAAAAAAUUGUGUGUAUUUGAAUAUAGUCUAUUAACCGGGCAUAUUACAUAUUAUCAAAUAUAAUUCCUCGAGACAACAAGUUGUUUUAUAUGGAAACUAGAUUCAUAAAUAUAACAUAAUGACAUCGCAUUGGACGAACAAAAAUGCAAUUCUGAGGGAUUUGUCAGUGGCACAGGGACGUGAAGUCCCUGUUGAAAUCGUAAAUCCAGUUGCUUUCAAUGAAAAACCACCCUCUCUCAAUUUUACGGAAGAAACAGAAGAAGAGUUCUUUAGUGGAUGUGUUGGAAGUGGUGACUUUGAUUCUGGACCUGAUAUUCAACUUAUUCAGCAGAUGUUGGACUUGGUGCGAGAAGUUAAUAUAACAGAUAUUGAAGAUAAGAAAACUGAUAAUAGUAAAACAAUAGUAGAAAUUAGCAAAGGGAAUGAACCUGUUUCUCGAGGAGCUGAUGAAAGACUGGAAUCCAUAUCAAAUAAUUGUGUUAAAAAAAAGAUUAACACACCAAAAAAGAAGAGGAAUGUUGCUGUUGCUUCUCUCAUUGAAACAUAUGGAGAUAAUAUGUAUACUAACGAAGACAGUAUUGAAAUACAAUUGCCAAGCACAAAGCUUUUAAAACCAGAUGAUUUUAUGCCUGAUCUUCAAGACGUUAGUUCAACUGAACACAAAAGUGAAACAGUUUCCAAAACAAUACCAAUGAUUCAGUCACCCACUUCAAUGUUUAAGAAGAAAUCAAUGGACCCGAAGAAUCUGGAUAAUUCGAGCAUGUUUCAGAAAAAAGGUCUUUCACCAACAUCUAAGGCAGUUGGAAAUGAUGUUUCCUUAUAUGAACAUAAACCUGGAAAUUUCGUUCCAUCGUCACAUGCGGGAGAACGCUAUAAAAAAUAUUUAGAAAAAAGUAAAAUGCUAGAAUUAGUCAAUGAAGAUAUUUGGACAAGAGCUGAGCGGCAAAUGAAGGAAAUUGACUCAAAAAGAAAACGGGAGAGUUUGAAUGUUAAUGCAUCUCCUACGUCUAGUUCCCAGGAUGUUCCUAGCUUAGAGGCAAAAGGUAUGGAUUUUGUACGUCUUCCGCAACAUCGUCAUCUCUUGACUGGAGAUUGUACAGUUUGUGAGGUUCUCUGCACACAUAAAAAAUAAGAUCUGAAAGAAACAAUAGAUAAUGAAUAAAUAUAACUUUAUGAUGUCAUUAAUAACAA